UCCAUAGCUCGCUUUAUCCUUGUAUCUUUUAAGAAACUAAAGAAAUAAGUAUCUUCCAUGUAAAGAGUAUUAUUUACAAUCUCUUAUUUAUAUGGACAAUAUUGUAUAUAUUAAUGAGAACUUACAUUUUGGGUCAUGAAAAGUUUUUUUCAAAUAAUUAUGAACUUAAAUCUGGCUCUUACUGUGUUUUUCCCGUCAUUCAUAGCUGACAAGCUGUUCCAAAAGCUAAUGGCUACCAUGCUAUGAUGGAAGACGUUUCAGCUACGCAAAACCAUAGCAUUCAGCUUGGUCCUCCGUCUGGAGGUAAUAUUAGUACUAAACAAAAUCAAGAUGAACAUAAUCAAAGACCACAUUAUUCAAUACCAGGAAUUCUUCAUUUUAUUCAGCAUGAGUGGGCGAGGUUUGAAAUGGAAAGAGCUCAGUGGGAAGUUGAAAGGGCUGAACUUCAAGCACGGAUAGCAUUUUUACAAGGUGAGCGUAAAGGACAAGAAAAUUUGAAAAAUGAUCUGAUACGAAGGAUUAAAAUGCUAGAAUAUGCAUUGAAACAAGAAAGAGUGAAAUUGCACAAAUUAAAAUAUGGAACAGAUCCAAAUUUUACAGAUAUAAAAGCUCCCAUAUUUGAUGACAUUGAUGAACCUAUUGAUGGGGAUUCUCUAAUAGGGAACAAUAGUAAUGUUUCUUGGAGACAAGGGCGUCAACUACUUAGGCAAUACCUGCAAGAAAUAGGAUAUACAGAUACUAUCAUUGAUGUACGAUCUGCUAGAGUAAGAACACUUCUUGGCCUUGCUCCUUCAAAUUCAGAGACUGAAGAGACCCAAAAUAUAACUCUAAAUGGUGAACAAAUGAAACCUGUUUGUGCUUCACAGAUAAGGAUACCCAAUAACUGCAAAAGAAAUCCAAAUACUAUAUCAAGGAGUGUAUUAAGAGAUGCUGAGCAAUCAGUACUUGAUACAUUUGAUUUCCUUUCUGCAGAAAAUGUAGACAUGGAUGACGAUGAAGAAAAUUUAAGUGAUGAAAUGGAUGAUGCAUCUACUGUUGAUGAAGAAGACAGUGAAAUCUUAGAAGUAAAAUCUAAAAUUAAACUAAAACAAAAGGGUUCUAAUGAUACUGGAACUAGAGGAGAUGAUAUUUUGGGUGAAACUUCUACUGAAGAAGCUCUGGCCGAAUUCAAUUUCCUUGGUGCUGGUGAGAAUCCAGACAGAUCAUCUGGUGAUAAUACAGAGUGGGGACCGAAACGGUCAACUUUGCAGACAAUGCUUGUUCGCUUAUCCAAUGGAGAGGGAGAUCAUAUGAUCCCAGAUGAUAUGUUAGGAAUAAAGACAGAGGGUGAUCCAAAUGUUAGCAGCACUAAAGCUCUGAUAUCUGGUUUAGGAUUUUUGAACAUCCCCCAAGUUGAUUCUGAUGAAAAUGGUGUUCAAGGUGGUACUCCUUUGUCAUUUCCUCAAGGAUCACGCAGGUCAUUGCUUGGUGCUCCAGGAAAUGAAGAUGAUUCUUUAGAAGCCUGCUUAGGACUAGGAGAACUUGCUAGUCUCACAGUGAACAAUGAAGCUGAUACCAGUUAUGAUAUAUCAUCUGCUAAAGAAGCCUUUAGGAAGACUUGGAAUGCAAAGUAUACUUUACGAAGUCAUUUUGAUGGAGUUAGAGCAUUAGCUUUUCAUCCUCUAGAACCUGUUCUAAUUACUGCCUCUGAAGAUCAUACUUUAAAACUUUGGAACUUACAAAAAACAGUACCUGCUAAAAAAACUGCUUCUUUAGAUGUGGAGCCAGUUUAUACUUUUAGGGCUCAUAUGGGACCUGUUUUAUGUUUGGCCUUAAGUACGUCUGGUGACCAAUGUUUUAGUGGUGGUAUGGAUGGCACUAUAAGAUGUUGGAAUGUUCCUAGUUCACUUAGUGACCCUUAUGAUUCCUUCGAUUCAAGUGUUCUGACUGCUACCUUAAAAGGUCAUACAGAUGCAGUUUGGGGUCUCUCUAUACAUAGCUCAAAAAUGCAACUAUUAUCUUGCUCAGCUGAUGGUACAGUGCGUUUAUGGUCUCCUCAGUCGAAGGUCCCAUUGCUGCACACAUAUGGAUCAGAUAUUGCUGAUGGAAGUCCUACAUCAAUUGAUUUUCUACGUUGUGAUUUGACACAAAUGGUUGCAGCUUAUACUUCUUCAAACUCAGUUAUAUUUGAUUUGGAAACUGGUAAAUCAAUAAUUCGUUUAGACAGCAAUCAAACACCAGAUUCCAGUCCUUUAGGAAAACAAAUUAAUUGUAUAGUAUGUCAUCCUACUCUACCCCUAACUGUUACUGCUCAUGAAGAUAGGCAUAUUAGAUUUUUUGAUAAUAAUACAGGCAAAAUGGUACAUUCAAUGGUAGCACAUUUGGAUGCUGUUACUAGCCUUGCAAUAGAUCCUAAUGGUUUAUACUUAUUAUCUGGAAGUCACGACUGCUCAAUUCGUUUGUGGAAUAUGGACAACAAAACAUGUGUGCAAGAAAUUACAUCUCAUAGGAAAAAAUUUGAUGAAGCUAUUUUUGAUGUUGCUUUUCACCCUUCCAAACCAUAUAUUGCUAGUGCUGGAGCUGAUGCAUUAGCAAAAGUAUUUGUCUGAAAGUAAUUCAAAAGACCUUUAUGCUACUAUUUAUUUAUUUAUAUAUGAAAUUGAAAGCAAAUCUGUAGCUCCCAGUCAUUGUAUAAUUUUGGACAACAGAAAAGAAAUUGUGUCCCUAAAAAUAUAUUUAUUUUCUACUAAAUAUUUCAUUGGUUGAUUGAAUUAAUAUCAUCAGUCCAUGUAUUAUGUGUAAAAACUUUAUUAUGUGAAUGCCUCGUGUAAAUAGGUGAAUAAAUGUGAUGAAUUACUGUUACUAGUGUGUAGAAGACUCCAUAGAUUGCCUUUCAUCAAAUAGUAGUGUAAUUAAAAAUUUGAUGAUUCAACAUCCAGGACUAUCAAUCUGCAGCACAUUCAAGUGAUUAAAAGCACUACUACUUGAUGCAGCACCCAAGAAAAACUUUUCUUGAUGUUGUCAGAGUGAUAGUGUUGUACAGUGUACAGACUUUUUUCAACCCUUUCAAAGCAGUUUAUUUGUUGAUAUAUUAAAUUUAAAAAGAAAAGCUGCAUUUAUUGAUGGCUGAAAUGAGGAUUUUAAAGAAUAAGUAAAGUAUUUAUUUCUGUUUAUUUUGUAUAGCUGCUACAAAUGUGGCUUUGUAUUCUAAUAAUUGUGAAUUUGCCUUAGAGCAGCUUUUAGGUGUACAGUGAAAAAAAUAAAUCUAGAACUGUCGAGACUUAUAAUAAAGUUGAUGAGGAUUAGAAAAUUGUUGCUGCAACCUUGCAGCAAUGAUAGAUCAUGUUUAGAAAUGGAGGAAUUUCCUUCUAUGCAAAUUUUAUGCAAAAAAAUAAAUAAAUAAAAACUGGG